GCUCGAGUCUCGAGUAUGCCGGCUCGAACCCCCCCCCUUAGGGGGGGCGCGCUCGACCUAACCUUCGCGGGGGGGGGGGACCCUUCCCCUCAGAAGGGGGCUGGCCAGGCGCCCGCGUCGCUGCGGCCGCGCCGCCCCCCCCCCCCCGGCCAGUGAGCGCCGUGGCUGCCGCCGCGGCCCGCCCGUCGGGCGAUGACGGAGGUUCCGCAGGAGGACCCUGAGGAGCUGCAGGAGCUGGAGGACUUGCUGCGGCAUGCAUUCGUGCCGCGCGCGCCGGCCAAGCCCAAGGACAGAGGUCGGCCUGAGCUCCACGCUGCAGUCGUUGCUGCGCGGCGUCGUGAGCGGGAACGCCGAGCAGGUGCAGGCCGCCAUGGCCACGGCGCUGAACCCGCAGCCGCCGGGGUGCGCUGAGCUCGAGGACACGGAGGUGCGCUGCCUGGAGCAUCAGAGUGCGGCCGCGACGGAGUUGCUGGACCGCGUGGAGGCGCAGGUCGGCCACACGGCGAGCUCGCUGCAGGACAAGCGGGAGGCGCUGCGCGCGCUCAGCGCGGACGGCGCGGGUGGGCACCCGGGGCAGCUGUACGUCGUGCCGUUCCCGCCUCUGAGAGGACUGCAUCUGCCCUCGGGCGGCCGCGUUCCCCGCGCGGGGCCAGGCCCCGCAGCCUGGGCAGCCGGGCGCCGACCUGCGGCCCGCCAUGCGGGCGAGGCUGGAGGCGCUGGAGAGGGAGCUGGACUCGACGCGGCGGGAGGCGGACGCGGCUGCCCGCGAGCACGCCAGCGAGAUCGCGGUGCUGCGGCGCGAGCUGGGCGCGCUGCGGGCGGCGCCGGGCGGCGCCGGUGGCCCGACGGGGCGCUGGCGGUCAGCCCGCGCGGCGCGGCGGCGCUCAGCCUCGCGGCCGCUGCGCCUGCGAGGCCUGGCCGUGGCCCCGGCGCGCUGACCCGGCUCGCCGUGGCGCGCGGAGGUCGCGGGUUCGUGGGGCGGCCGGGUGACAUGGCGGUGAUUUGGUGGGCGGUGGGGUCGCGGGGUCGUGAGGACUUGUGGUCGCGGGAUAGGGUCGCGGGGUGGCGCGGGGUGAUAAGGCUGGUGCUGUCCCUCGCCCUCUCGGGCUGGGCGUGCGAGGCCCGGCGGCUCCGCGCGCCGGACCGGCUGCUGCGGCUGUGGGCCGCGGGCGGCGGCGCGGCGGAGCUGGGGGCGUGGCUGGGCUUCUGGAGGUGCCUCGCGAAGGAGGCCUCGCUGCGGCGCGAGGCGGCCCUGCGGUGGGCCGCGCUGCGCUUCGGGUGCACCGAGCCCUCGCUGCUCCGUGCCGCCCUGAACGAGUGGCGCCUCGCGCUCGCGCGGCAGGGCGCGCUCUCCGCGGCGGCGCCCAGCGUCGCGCCCGCGGCGGAGGCGCCCGAGCCCGACGCCGAGCUGGAGGGCCUGCGGCGCGAGUUGGCGCAGCUGCGGCAG